AUGAGCUGUGGAACGGGUGAACUAACCGCAUGUAUUGCAGACAUGCUUGGUGCUAAUAGCGAGAUCGUUGGAGUGGAUCCUUUAUUAGAGAGAAUAAAUAUUGCCGUGAAUAAAAACCGCAGAGAAAAUCUCAGGUUUAUACAUGGCCAAAGCUCCAGCCAAUUUCCUCAUCAUAACGAAGCGUAUUAUGACAUACACUUCAGUAAUUUCGUCUUCCAGUGGUUGCAUCCAAAGGAUCAAGAAAUUUUCAUCGAAACAGCGUUCAGAGUUCUCAAGCCUGGAGGAAGAAUAGCUAUUCAGUGCGACGACGAAAAACUCGAAAUUAUCGAAACUGCGAUCGAAGCCCUUCUUGGCGAUGGUUUCCAGGAGCAACGGGCCCCGGAGUAUAUUGUGAGAAAUUCAGAGGUCGAAGUAAUGUUAAAACAGGCAGGGUUUUGUCUGGUUUCCGCUCAAUGCAAAUCAAGUAGUUACAGAUUCAAGAAUUUGUCUCAUUUCAUUGUCUGGUUACGUGCAACAUAUUACAUUUUUGAAGGUGAAUUGCAAGAGAGUAAAAUUGGUGGAUUUCUACAAAAGUUUGUCAAUGAAGAUGGAACGGUGACUAUGACUGUACCAGCGUAUCAAAUUAUCGCUUCAAAGCCUGUGCCACAAGACUCAAUUGAAUAA